AUGAACGUGCCGGAGAAAACCUCCCAUGCUGACGUGGAACUGGCCGAGCCAGUGACAGAUGACGUCUACAGCACGCAAGAGAGGGCUCUCGUGCUGAAGCAGGAUCUGCGCAUCAUCCCUCUCUGCGCCAGCAUCUAUCUCCUGUGCUACCUGGACCGCUCCAACAUUGGAAAUGCCAAAAUCCUCAAUGAAAACACAGGCGAUGAUCUCCUCACGGAGACCAGCAUGUCCUCCUACCAGUACACAAUCGCCCUGAUGGUCUUCCUUAUCGCCUACGCCCUUUUCGAAGUCCCGUCCAACUACUUUCUCAAGAAACUCAGACCCAGCCGCUGGAUCGCCUUCCUUAUGCUCUCCUGGGGCGCCGCAACCAUGGGCCUCGGCGGCGCCCACUCCUACGCCCAAGUCACUGGCAUCCGCUUCCUCCUCGGCGCCAUGGAAGCCGGCCUCUUCCCAGGCCUGGUCUACUACCUCACCUUCUGGUACCGCCACUCGGAGCGGUCCAUGCGCGUCGCGCUGAUCCUCGCCUCCGCCACGCUCGCCGGCGCCUUCGGCGGCGCCAUCGCCUACGGCGUCGGGCACAUGAACGGCGCCCACGGCCUGUCCGCCUGGCGCUGGCUGUUCAUCAUCGAGGGCGCGCCGUCGUGCGCCGCCGCCUUCCUCGUGUGGUUCUUCCUCCCGGAUUACCCGGAGACGGCAAAGUGGCUGACCCCCGACGAGAAGGCGCUGGCGGCGCGCCGGCUGGCAGCCGAGGGGUCCAAGGGCGCGGCCAGCGCCAUGACCUGGGCGGACGCGCGCGCUGUGCUGACCGAUUGGCGCUUGUAUGCGCAUUACGCUGUAUAUUUUGGGAUCUCGACCCCGUUCUCGAGCCUCUCGCUCUUCACCCCGGCUAUCACCAGCGGCCUGGGGUACGCGAACCUGCGCGCGCAGCUGAUGACCGUGCCGCCGUGGGCGGCCGCGUACGUGGUAACCACGGCCGCGGCGUGGUCCGCCGACCACUUCAACAGUCGCGGACUGCACUCGGCAGCGUUCGCGCUGAUCGGCGCGAUGGGUUUUCUCGCGUCGGCGGUGCUUCCGCCGGACGCAUACCUCCACCGCUACGGCUGCCUCAUCGUGGCAACCAGCGGCGCCUUCGCCUGCAUCCCGCCGCUGCUCGGCUGGCUGUCGGCGAACCUGACGUCGACGGCGGGCACGGGGCUGGCGAUCGCGCUGAACGUGUCGUUUGGGGCGCCGGGGCAGAUUGUCGGGGUGUGGAUUUACAAGAGCGAGGAGAAGGCGCGCGGGUAUCCGACGGGGCAUUGGACGAAUGCGGCGUUGUUGCUGUUUGUUUGUGUCGGUAAGGUAUGGACUACCACCUCUGUAUACUCCGUACUCUCUGCAGAAGUCUGGUACGCACGUGAGACGGCCCGGAAUAAGGUUAAGCUCACACCCGACCCAAACUUCUUCCGUCCCCGUGCUUACACACAGACACCGUACCGUACACCGUAA